GAGUGAUGAGAUCGGAUGCUCGAAUGCCUGCAAGAGGAAGAAGAAACUUGUUUUCCAUUUAGCUCAAUGCAAAUAGUUUAAACAGGAAAUGAAAAUACAGAGCAAAUAAUGUCACAUUCAGAGGAAAAAGAGCCGUCACUUUAACAGUAACAACACAAGUAACGUUAUGUUGAAUGUUAAUGUCUACAUGACUGGUAAUGAUGAAAUGACUUUGUGAAAGUUUUACUUGUGAAUCAGCUGACGAAUCAGUGUGCAACUUGUAGCAACAUUUUGCAAGAGGAAAUGUUGUCAUAGGACUAUCGCAGCAGAAGCAAUCCUUUACAUUCAGUUAGAAGUCAAACUUCCAUCUAAAUGUGGAUCUGUGCUGAAAAACACAGAACGCGACCAGGGAAGUGCUGCACAUGGAGAACAAACUUGCGAAGGCUCUGUAUGACAACACUGCAGAGUGUGCAGAUGAGCUUGCUUUCAGAAAAGGGGACAUCGUCAUGGUGAUGGAUCAAAACGUGGCCGGCACCAGCGGAUGGUGGAUGUGUUCUCUUUAUGGACGCAAUGGUCUGGCUCCUGCAAACAGACUGCAGCUCCUGCCACAAACUGCAACCACUGCAGCAUUAUUAACUCAUGACAUAGAGAAACCCAACUUAACCGAUGGUGAUCCUGAUGACUGUGCGCAAAAUAUCUACCAGAUCCCGAGUGUACCCCGACUCUCCAGCAGCCCUGCUUAUGAACGCAUGGACAUGAUCUACAAGGUCCCGUCCACUCCUUCAUCAGCUUCAAAAAUUCCAGUCCAGCCAGCACUUAGGCACAGAACAGAAGGACCUGACGGAAACAAGCCUUCAUUCUUCAGCAUGGCGUCCAGUCCAAAAGGGGAGGUUUACGACGUCCCGAGCCAAGCCAGACGAACUUCUCUUUUCACUGCAACAACAACUCCAAGAACUGUGCAACGAAAAAACUCACUGAUUACAAUUUCAGAGCUGGAGAAAAGGUUUGACUCUCCAGAGGGUUUAAGAUGCAGCAGUCCAGGAGAUUCUUAUGUGUAUGCAGUUCCACCACCUUUGCCUCAGGACCCCAACUAUGACAUCCCUGUUCCCUCCACCACAGAACCCCACCACAAACUGAUGGGUGGAUUCAGCACCCUUCCCAGCCCCCGCAAGCCUGAGUGGAUUUAUGAUGUGCCAGUGGGUCCUGAGAGACAAAGUCCCCCCCAAACCUACUAUGAUACCAUGCCCUCCAACGCCACUUGCAGGCAACUCUACGACACGCUUCCAACACAUGCUCGGCCCAUUCAAAGAGGCAGUCCAACUCACUCGCUUUAUGAUAUACCAAAACCCAGCUCACUUGAAAACCCAAGUCCACCUAAAGUGCUGCCAAGGGCCCCAAUUUAUGACAAGCUCCCAACUCAGAGGCUUAAAGAGGAGUUAGUAUAUGCGGUCCCACCACAGGAGGAACCCCUCAGUGAUCCUUCCAUACCCCUAGAGUGCAGGGGGGACUCAAGCAAAGCUCAUGAACUUGCAAGGGUGCGUCUGCAGCGCAUGAGAAACUUCCUGGCCUGUACAGCUUUCCGUGACCUUCCUGGAAGCGGGGAGUCACUGGUGCAGGAGGAUGAGGAGCGAGGGAGAACCCCACGUCUCUCUGCUGCAGACAGUCAAAGAAUCAGCACUGCCUCCAGCUCCUCCACCAGCUCCUGUGACUCUCUGGCUCUGAGCUCGUCCUCUCCAGAGCCUCUGCGAGAAGUGACGCUCAGCCAGGAUGAGGCCAGCCACAGACUUAUAGACCUGCAAAAUUCCGUUUGCAAGGCCGUCCCGUGUCUCAUGGAUUUCGUCAGCAGUCACUGGAGGAGCAGAGAGCAUCUGGAGAAACACCUGAAGGAGAUCAAACGAGCAGCAGAGGAGAUAGCAUGUUCGCUGACAUGCUUCCUAAACUUUGCCCUGGACAUUAAGGGCAAUGCCCGUCGUUUGACUGAUGCCAACCUUCAGACGAGGCUCUAUAAACAGCUGUCCAUCGUAGAAGACUCAGGUGUGAUCCUACAACAAACAGUAAGUGCUUUGAACAUGGCUGGCUGGCCCCUCAAUACUCUCUGUCAGGACCCUGGGCAGGUCCAGACACCUGACCAACUGGAGCGGUUUGUCAUGGUGGCGCGCACUGUUCCAGAGGACGUCAAGCGCCUUGUGUCCAUCAUCAAUGCCAAUGGAAAGCUUCUGUUCAGAGCUGCUCACAAAGCUCCAGAGCCUCUGAACACCACAGGCCAGCCAGAGACAAAGAAGAGUCUUGAUAGGAGUGAACAUGGAGGGGACUCAGUGGAGGAUGACAACGACUACGUAGAGCUUCAGACUAAGAAUGACUUUGAAAAGCAGCAGAAGGAAAUGCAGAAGGAACCAAAAGAAAACGUCUCUAACCCCAUUCAAGCUGAUAACAAGCGUCUCUCCUCUGGGUCCGGCAGUGGAUCAGAAGAACAUCGUCCAGCCUCCCUGUCAGAGCACUGUCGCCUCUACUUUGGUGCUCUUCAGAAGGCCAUUGGGGGAUUUGUUGGCAGCCUUCGGGAUGGCCAGCCACCAGAGAAAUUCAUUUCGCAAAGUAAGCUGGUGAUCAUGGUGGGCCAAAGACUGGUGGACACGCUGUGCAGGGAGGCCCAACGUGGAGAGUCCACCCAGAGCCUCCUGUGCAAGAGCAACCACCUGUGUGCUCUCCUAAAGCAGCUGGCUGUGGCCACCAAGAAGGCAGCACUGCACUUCCCAGAUAAACAAGCUCUGCAUGAGGCCCAAGAGUUUGCAAAGGAACUGGCCCAAAGAGCACAGCACUUUCGGAUAUCCCUUGACCUCUGAGCAUGCACAUAUCAAGCAUGUUGAUUUGUUUGUACAGCAAAAGACAUUCAUUCAUACAUCAUGGGUUUCCUUUAUUAUUGAUGUCAUAUUCAAACCUGGUCUCACAGGAAUCCGUGAAAUAGCCACGGAUUUCGCUACAAUGCAAGUUAAUGACAGUCAUAUCCCGUGGCUAUUCCACGGAUAUUUUUUCCUAUUGGUUUGUUCGAAGUCACGUGACUUUCAGGGUCCCGGCGGUCAGAACAAAAAACAUGGCGGACAGUUCUCUCAUUUUUAGUGAAAAAAUCAAUAUUUUCUGCAUAAAAACGGAUUUUGAUCACAUUUCUAGCGAGAAAUAUAUGUUUUAUUUUCUAAAUAUUCACUCAGUGAAUGUACAUAAUCACUUUGUAUGUUGGAAUAGCCACGGGAUAUGACUGUCAUUAACAGUCAUUGUAGCGAAAUCUGUGUCAGUUUCACGGAAAUUUGCGUGAUUCCGUGGCUAUUCCACGGAUUUCGAGUUAAGCGAAUCCGUGGCUAUUUCACGGAUUCCUGUGAGACCAUAUUGCAUAUUCAACUACGUUCAAGCUUCACUAGCCAAAAAGAUCAUUGCUUUCUGCUCAAUGUUGUUAUUAUAAUGAAUGUAGGUACUGGUUAAAUUGUGUAUUAUGUCAGGAUAAGUUAAUGUAAUGACUUCCAAAAUUAAUUGCACAUUUAGAAUACUGUUCAUAAGCCAAUUUUAAAAUGAAACUAAAAUAAAAAGUAUAAAAUAAUUUGGUGAUGUAAUUUACAACAAUUUUAUAUUCUCUUUGUUAUGUGGAUAUUUUCUGUAUUUUAUUACUUUAUUGUGCAAGUGGUAUACUCUCCAGGGUAGUAGUUUGAUCCAGUCUACUUUUCACGAGUCUAUGUAAAUAUUCUAAAAUAUGUGUUAUGCAUUCCCAAACAACACAUGUUGGAUUUUUACUGAUAUUAAAAUUAAAAACUGAAAAACACUUCUACAGUUAUUUUGUUAAUGUCUAUCUGAGGCAAACAUAAAAUGAACCAUUAGUGAGUGUUUACCAGGCUGUGAGGAUUUAAUGCAGACGUUGUUUUUACUAAGGGAAACGCAAUCAAGUUUUCAGAUUUGAAUCCAUCCUGCGGUCUAAAUGUCA